AUGUGUCUGUUUGGUGGUGAAGGAGAAAACAAUUGCUUCAACAACAAAAUUGCCUUAAUAAUUUCCCUCUCCAUCGUCCUCUCUGCCCUGUCUGGCGAGGCCUACAAGUUCUCGAAAGCCACCCCGCCACCAGAGGCUGCUGCUCAAGCCCCGUCCCCGUCCCCUUCUCCUUUUUCCUUCACCUAUACCACUUACAAGAACUCGCCAACACCCGCACCCGCACCCGCAUACACACCAACUAAUGCACCCACCGAGGUUGAGGCCGAUGCUGAUGCAGACGAUACUGCAUUCUACGUUGUCCCCACAGCUGAACUUGAAGGAGACGUCCCGAAGGACAAAGAGGCCGAAGACUCCAAGUCCCUGGACUUAGAUGUACCAAAGGACGAACAGGUCAAGGACGCAAAGUUCCUGGAAUCCAACAUGAAAGCCACAGUUAACAAGAUCGAGAAAUUCAUCUCAACCGUCGUGGAGAAACGCCUGGAAGAUCCUAAAAUCGAAGAAUCCGACAAGCAAUGCCUGGAACAAUGCCAGGGAGUUUACGAAAACGCCAUCGAGGCCAUGCAGAAGAGCCUGGAAGAUGUCUCCUCGGGUGACUUCUUCAAGGCCAAUGUGGAUGUCAGUGCAUUCACCACAAAUAUUGAUACUUGCGAUGAAUGCUUCAGCGAAAUGAUCGAGCCAGAAUUCCAGAAGUUCAACGACUGGGCCAGGGGCGUUGCCAGUAACUGCCUGGACAAGAUUGUUGAGUACUCAAACACAAAUUAUGUAUAA